AUGGCGCCUCACCCAGAACUCACCAGUGGUGAGCAGGCUCUAUCGCCCAUGGCUGUACAUGACCUGCAGGUUUCCAAGUCAUUCGUCAAGCGUGCCGAUGGUGCCUAUGUACAGCUUGCGGCCGCCGGUGCCCGCCCGCCCCACGAUCUCUCUGGCCCCGGCUUCCAAGUCCUCUUCGCUCUCAUCGGUGUCGGUCUGUGUUUUGGUGCUAUUUGGUUCUUCUUCUGGGCCAAGAAUGGUGGGUUCAAGUGGAGGAAAGACGACUGGGAAGACUACAAAUCGACUGUGCUUCGUCGCAAGGGACCGGAUGGCAAGACCUUGUCCAACGCUACCAAGAGCACGAGACUUGGUGGUGGCAGUGUUGUUCACGGAGGCAGCUACGGUGCCCCUAGUACCCUUGGAUUCACAGAUGAGACUGGCACACAGGCAGAUGGCAAUGAGUACCGCGAUGCUGAAGAAGGCAAUGGUGGUCUCCGCGGAGGUGAUGGGCGUCGCGAGAAGAAGCACCGCCGUGACCACACCAAUGACUACAAGGACCCUGAGCUACGCAACUACCGCCACGAAAAGGCUGCCCGUGUCGGUGGCCUGAAUGGUCUCGCUGACGGCAUCUACACCGACUACUCUGGCUCUCAGCCCGCUUCUGAGCUUGGCUCCCACGUCUCCAGCAACGCUCCCCUCGUCAAGAAGAGCAAGGAAGUCCGAGACCCCAAGAAAGAAGCCAAGGCCAAGGAACAGCGCGCAAAGGAGCGUUUCCGCAAAGCCAAACUCGCGGAGAAGGAAGCUGCAAAGAAGGCCGCUGCCGAUGCCAAAGCCCGCAAGGAAGCCGAAAAGGCUGAAAUCAAGCGCACCAAGGCCGAACAGAAGAAGAUGAAGAAGGCUAGAUCGGAAGCUGCUCCCUCGGAGGGCUCCCCUGAGAUGGCAGAAGUUACCCAACCCUUGACUGAAUACACUCACGCAUACACCGAGUACACUGCUCCAUCGGAAGCUGGAUACACGGAAUACACUGGCUACACCGAGGAAUCACGAGCCAUUGCCCCCAUCCCCAAGCCUGCCUCGGACAUCCGUCGUUCCACUACCAAGGGCCCUGCUGGACCUCGUCGCGCUCCUCCAUCCGCAGCAUACUCGUUCACUACUGGCGAUGACACAAACACGGUAUACUCGGACAAUGCCCGCACAGAAGCCCGUACUGCGCCCUCUGAAAUGAACGAGUCUUCAUACUACUCCGACUACCGCCCCAACGCCGAUCCCAGCGUCUACACCUCCAGGACGAGCAAGGACAAGACGCGCUCGCGCUCCGCCCGCCCCUCUCAAGACCGUGAACGCCGCCAAUCUGCGCGCGCAUCGCGCGAAUCUGCAUCGCAGCCCCGCCCAUCCCGCGAACUCGUCACUGCAUCAGCACGCCCUCGCCCAUCCUCUUCUCGCCCGACCUCGCAGUCUCCACGUAAGCAGCAGCGUCCUGAAGCACCGCCAAGUGACAUCUUCACGGCGGCGAACGGAGAGGCAAAGGGUAACAUGAGUUAUCCGUGCUACAUUCCGGGACUGAGUCAGGCGGGCAGUGUCGGCGUUGGAGAGAGCGUCAGUCAAGUUGGUGCGCCGUCGAGUGCGAGGAGGGGAGGCAGGGACGUCAUGGACGGGUAUAGACGUGGGGGUGUGAGGACGGUGGGUCGAAGGGAUAGUCUCAGUGACAGUGACUAG